AUGGCAGCAGCGUCCAGGCUGACUCUGGCAUGCCUGCUUGUCACAGCUGACUCCCAGAGCCCGGCUUGUGGGAACGAGACCUCCUGCAUAGAUGUCAUCAACAAGCUACAGAUCGUGGGCACGCAGCGCGCCUACCUGGACAGCUACGAGCUGCUAAACCGAACCCUGGCAGUCUAUCCAACGAGCGCCAGGCUCUGGAGCCUCCAAGCCAAGCUGGAGACCUUCUAUCUGCUCCAGUGGAGUCUUGCAGGAGACUCCAUCGAGCGGUCUUUGGCUUUGGAAGACACGGCGAACGCGCACAUCUUUCGCGGCUGGCUGUCUGCAACGCCCGGGCGCGUCAACAAGACCUUGUCAGAGCGCGACUUCGUCGCAGCGCAGCAACUUGCGCCCGGAGACUUCUGGCCCCACUUCGAGAUGGGCGCGUGGCUCAGCCACGUGGCCGACCGCUUUGAAGACUCCCGGGCGCAAUAUGAGAUUGUUCAGGCAAAGGCCGGCAAGAAUUCCUUCCUGCAGUUCUUCUUCGGCCUGCUCUUGAAGUACCACAUGCGCACCCCACGGGAGAAGGAGCGAGGGAAGGAGAUGAUCCAGAGCGCUCUGUCCGUGGCCUCCACGCUACCUGGGCAGGCGGCGGGGAACUUGGGCUUCCAGGCGCAGAUCUUAGCCUCGAGGGGCCGAACUUCUGAGGCCUUGGAGUGCUGCGACUUCUCCGAGAGAAUCCUGGAUCCGUCCGAAACCAGCCUGUGGGUGGUUUGCAGCAUCAUCAGGCAGCAGAUGCUGGUAGUUUGA